AUGGGAUCCUUUCUUGGUGACCAUGCUAUUACUUCGCAAGGAUCUUCUUUUCUUCAGUGGAUCCAGGCAACUGGUCUCACUUGUUGGAAUGAAUUACUUGCAUUUGGUAUUCCUACCUUUCUUUCUGGUGGCUCUGGUACCUUACGUUCCAGUGUCAUUGAUUUAUUUCUUUCUACGUCCCCCCUUCUCAAUCCUUCUAUGCAAAUUCGUUCUGAUCUUUCUUUAGGCUCUGAUCACAAAAUGGUCAACCUCACUUUCACUCCCUAUGUUUCACCUCCCCCUCCCCCUACUAACCAUCCGCGCCUACUUUGGAAUCUUUCCGGGCUUGCUCAGCCUGACACUCUCAAGAUCUACAUUGAUACAGCUUCUGGGUCAUUGGACAAUCUGACAGAGCAGUUCAGUGCUUUCCUUUCUUCUUCUUCUCCUCCUCCUGUAGAUUCUCUGUGCUCUGCUUUUGCUCAAGCUAUCUAUGAUGCUCUGGACACUGCUGUUGGUCGUCGUACACCACGUACCAUGCAAAAGUACUGGUUCUGGUCAGUGGACCUUCAAGAUGCAAUGGAUCUGAGAGAACGCAGCUACCAACACUGGCGUCAUUCUAGUGGUUUGCAGAAGGCUAUAUGCUGGAUGCGCCAUCAGGAUGCAUGUCAUGCUGUUAGGUUGUCAGUCCAGCGUCGUUGA